AAGAAAUCUGAAUAUGUUCUUUUUUCAAAACAUAAACGCUAACUUCAUGGCCAAAGGAUAUAAUGUAAUAUUCUUUUGGCAUCAAAGAUUCUCAUUCUCCUAAACUUUACCUAUAAAUACCAUUCUCUCACUUUGUAUCAAAUCCAAGCCAAAAACCAAUUUUGAGAGCACUUUGAGAUACCCAUUUGGCUUCUUUUUCUUGUGACCAAGUUUUUUCUUUCUGGGUUAUUGAAAAUUUUCACAUUCUCUUUCUCACCUUUCAUAGAAAAAAAUGUCUAACAUUGUUAUUGUCUUCGACUUUGACAAAACCAUCAUUGAUUGUGACAGUGAUAACUGGUUGAUUGAUGAAUUGGGUUUCACUGAUUUGUUCAAUCAACUCCUUCCCACAAUGCCAUGGAAUUCUGUCAUGGACAAAAUGAUGAUGGAGUUUCAUGCAAAUGGUGUAACAAUUGAAGAGAUUGAAAAGGUUCUUCAUAGGAUUCCAAUUCAUCACAGAAUAAUACCUGCAAUUAAAGCAGCUUAUGCUUUAGGGUGUGAUUUGAGGGUUGUGAGUGAUGCUAAUAUGUUUUACAUUGAAACUAUUUUGAAGCAUUUGGGAAUUAGUGAAUAUUUUUCAGAGAUUAACACUAAUCCAGGUUAUGUUAAUGAAGAAGGAAGGGUUAGAAUUUCACCUUACCAUGACUUCAACAAAUGUUCACAUGGUUGCACUCUUUGCCCUCCAAACAUGUGCAAGGGUUUAAUCAUUGAUAGAAUUCAAAAUACAAUUUCUGAAGUGGAUAAGAAGAGGUUCAUCUACCUUGGUGAUGGUGCUGGUGAUUAUUGUCCUAGUUUGAGGCUUAGAGAAAGAGACUUUGUGAUGCCAAGGAAGAAUUUUCCAGUGUGGGAUUUGAUAUGCAAAGAUCCUUUACUUAUUAAGGCUGAAAUUAAUGGUUGGAGUGAUGGAGAAGAGUUGGAACAAGUUUUGUUGCACUUGAUCAAUAAAAUUAUGAUGGAGGAACAUGUUCAAUUCAUUUCAACUGAUUGCAAGUUGCAAACUCUAUCUAUUCCUGUGCUUGAAUCAUUGCCUAAAGCUCUCUCAGUUAGGCCAUAAAUUUUUAGGGUCAUUGCAAAUGUAUCUAGGCUUUUUUUUGGUCCUUAAAGUGACUUUAAUAAACUUUUUCUUGGAAUUGGUCUAUGAUGGGAAAAUACAAUGUCUAUCUAAGACAAUUACCAAUUUGCCCUACAUCUUGUAGAUUAUUUAGUUUAACAGCUAAUUGCUAUGUAAAACUUUAUAAAAUAUUGGUCUAUGGUUUGA